AUGAAGCAGUUGUACACUGUCCCCUUUGAGAGGAACUCUGAACCAGUCAAACAACUCAGGAACCAAUAUGUCCAGCCCUUCGUGUACCGCUCUUCAGCUCUCCAGCCCUUCGUGUACCGCUCUCCAGCCCUUCGUGUUCCGCUCUCCAGCCCUUCGUGUACCGCUCUUCAGCCCUUCGUGUACCGCUCUCAGCCCUUCGUGUACCGCUCUCAGCCCUUCGUGUACCGCUCUCCAGCCCUUGUACGUCUCCAGCCCUUCCGCUCUCCAGCCCUUCGUGUUCCGCUCUCCAGCCCUUCGUGUACCGCUCUCCAGCCCUUCGUGUACCGCUCUCCAGCCCUUCGUGUACCGCUCUCCAGCCCUUCGUGUACCGCUCUCCAGCCCUUCGUGUACCGCUCUCCAGCCCUUCGUGUACCGCUCUCCAGCCCUUCGUGUACCGCUCUCCAGCCCUUCGUGUACUGCUCUCCAGCCCUUCGUGUACCGCUCUCCAGCCCUUCGUGUACUGCUCUCCAGCCCUUCGUGUACCGCUCUCCAGCCCUUCGUGUACCGCUCUCCAGCCCUUCGUGUAGCCGCUUCGUGUACCGCUCUCCAGCCCUUCGUGUACUGCUCUCCAGCCCUUCGUGUACCACUCUCCAGCCCUUCGUGUACCGCUCUCCAGCCUUUCGUUGA